AGAGAGAGAGAGAGAGAGGUUAUUUUUCACCUCUCCAAGAGCGUAUUCGAAGAAACCCAUUUCCCUUCGUAGCCUAUGCCACACUAUGAUCAGCAUUCUGUCUCAGGAGCGUCUCCUCGGAGCCACGCUUGGAGCGUUUCUUGCUACUGCCAUUGUUUACAAGGAGCGGAAGAAUGUUUACGCCUCCAUUUCAGAUUCUCACUCUAAAACCACUAUUAAGUCAUCAGAGCCCAAGUUUGGUAAGAAGUUUCGCUCAGAUCUCGUGCAUUUGUGGAAUAGAGGUGUGGACAAGGCGCUUGGUCCGGUAAUUGCUUCUCUCAGUUCAAAGGGAUGGUAGUUUUCAUUUCUCUGAUUUAAACCCAUGCUCAAUCUCUCCCAUCUUUGUCUGAAACUUGAAAAGUGGCUUGUAUAAUAAUAAAUCGGAUCUGAACCUAUUAUGGGCCUUCUCGUGUGGAUCUUUGUUCAUGAUUCAUUUCUUUUGGGCUUGAAUCCUCAUUUUAUCUUGAAGAAAGCACUGAAAGCCAUGUUGGAUUUUUUUGUGCGUGAUACACAAUUAUUUCUAGUGGUUUCAAUGGAAAUGGUAUAUCACUCCUAAA